GCGGGGGGGUGGCGGAAAAAAAAUUAGAUUUUCUGCCCAGGCCCACAUUCUUUCUGCGCUCUUUGGAAUAUUGGCAGCUGUAGGUACUGCUGAAGAUGUCCCACAGCGGCACCGAUCCAGAAGAUAAACCGCCUGCGCCUCCAAUGCGGAAUACGAGCACCAUGAUUUGCUCCGGCAGCAAAGAUGCGGGGACGCUCAACCACGGCUCGAAACCCCUGCCCCCUAACCCGGAGGAAAAGAAGAGGAGAGACCGUUUUUAUCGCUCCAUCCUGCCAGGAGACAAAACAAACAAGAAGAAGGAGAAAGAACGGCCUGAGAUCUCCCUUCCGUCAGACUUCGAACACACGAUCCACGUUGGAUUUGAUGCUGUCACAGGUGAAUUUACGGGCAUGCCAGAGCAAUGGGCCCGCUUGCUGCAGACAUCCAACAUCACCAAGUUAGAGCAAAAGAAGAAUCCCCAAGCAGUUCUGGAUGUCCUAGAGUUCUACAAUUCCAAAAAGACCUCAAACAGCCAGAAAUACAUGAGUUUCACAGAUAAAUCUGCAGAAGACUAUAACUCCUCGAAUACUCUG